AUGAACGGUCGAAUCUGCGUGGCCGGAGUGCUACUGCUUGUAGCGGCAGUAGCCAACGGCUAUCCCACCUUUCAACGUAGUGCCGAAAUCGAUUGCUCCCUGGCGGAAAACUGGGGCAUCUUCGUCGCCCAUCCGGAGUCCUGUUCGAUGUACAAAACUUGCUUCAAUGGAGGUCUAGUCGAUGGCAGCUGCCCAGCAGGACUAUAUUUCGAUACGGAAACUCAGGGCUGUGAUCUUCCGGAACGUGUAAAUUGUUCGCUGGAUAAUGAUGAAGACGACGAUGGUGUGGUUCCAGAGGAAGAAACACCAGAAGAAGUGGAGGCUACCACGGAUGACAAUGUGGAAGAAGUGGAGACUCCCGAGGCAGAAGAAGAAGUAGAAACUCCGGAUGAGGAAGAAACUCCAGAAGAGGAAGAAACUCCAGAAGAGGAAGAAACACCUGAAGAAGAGACUCCAGAAGAGGAAGAAACCCCUACAGAAGAGACUCCAGAAGAGGAAGAAACACCAGACGACGAAGAGACUCCAGCUGAAGAGGAAACCCCACAAGAAGAAGAGACUCCAGAAGAGGAGGAAACUCCAGAAGAGGAAGAAACUCCAGUAGAGGAAGAGACUCCCGAAGAGGAAGAAACUCCUGAAGAGGAAGUAACUCCUGAAGAAGAGACUCCAGACGAGGAAGAAACUCCAGUAGAAGAAGAAACUCCAGAAGAGGAAGAAAUUCCCGAAGAAGAGGUUCCAGAAGAGGAAGAAACACCAAAUGAGGAAGAGACGCCAGCUGAAGAGGAAACUCCGGUAGAGGAAGAAACUCCAGAAGAGGAAGGAAACCCAGACGAGGAAGAAACUCCAGAAGAGGAAGAAAUUCCAGAAGAGGAAGAGAUUCCAGUGGAAGAGGAAACUCCGGUAGAGGAAGAAACUCCAGAAGAAGAAGAAACUCCAGUUAAUGAAGAGACUCCAGAAGAAGAAGAACAACAGGUAGAAGAUGUCCCAGUAGAAGAAGAAGAAGAGCAACCUGCAAACGAUGAACUGAAACGAGUGGUUACUAAAGAUGAAGAUGACGAAGACACUACUACAGAGGAAGAGGAAACACCUGAACCAGAAGUGGAUGAAAUCCCAGAGGAAGAUGUAGAAGCGGAAAAUGGCGAAGUUCCAGAAGAAGUGGAAAUUUCUCCAGAAGAAGAAGAAACUCCCGAUCAGGUGGAACCUGAAGAGGAAGUUGAAAUUGCAGAUGAAGCUGAGGAAGCUCCCAAAGUGAAAACAGUCAGAGCUGUAAAAGAUGAAGAUGAUGAUGACGAUGCAGAAAACGAAGCAACACCCGAAGAAGGAGAUAAUGAAGUGAGUUCAGAUGAUGCUCUACCAGAAGAAGAUGACUCAAACGAAGAUAGUAAUUCUUCAGAAGAUGGGGAUGAGGGAGUAGCAGAAGAAGUUGAGCAGACACCAGAAGAUGUGGAUGAGGUAGUAGAAGAUCCGCUAGAUCAGGAACCUAUUGUGGAAGGUAAAAAACAUACGUCUGAUGAUGACGACGAUGAAGUGGAGGAUGCAACUGAUGAAGCACCCGUGGAUGAAGUUGACGAUGCAGAUGAGUCGACCGAUGACAACGUGAAUGAUGAUCAAGGGGAGGAAACUCCUGAAAUAGAACAACCGGAAGAAGAAACUCCUGAUAAUGAUGAUAAUGAAUCGGAGCAAUCCCCAGAAGAUGAUGUUGAGACACCAGAAGAAGAAGAAGAAGAAUUGCCUGAAAUUACCGUCCCCGAUAAUACCGUUCCAAUAAUUCCACCAGUGGAGAUUCCCGAAAUUGAAAUAAUUCUGCCUGGAGAAGAAAUCGAACCUUAA